UUAUUUGAAUUAAUAAUGAAAAAAAUACAACAACAGAAUCAUUAUCAUUUAGAAGAUGCUGUUAAAAUAGAUCUAUUAGAUAUUGCAAUGAAAUGUAUUCUACAAGAAUCACAACCAACUUUAACAGUUUGGAAAGAAAUAUAUACGAAAAAUAUUACAGCCACUGCUAGUUUAUUAGCACUUAUCAAAAGUAAAUGGUACAAAGUUCAUGUUACAAUCGAUAAGAAACAAUUGUUAAAUUUAUUGUAUGGAUUUAAUAAUGACAAUAAAUUAUUAAUUCAAAAUAAGAAAAACGAAGAUUCAAUACAUGAAGUUGAACGAUUAAGUAAAAUAUUAAUAGACAAGAUGACAGUGCCAAAAACAUUCCCAUGGAAGAGAUUUAUUUUUUUCUUAGUAAUAUCAGCAGCAGUUGCAUUUGUAGUUUAUGAUUCGAAUGAACAUGGAGGUUUUGCUAAGAGUGAUACAAAGAAAUUCCUAAAAGAGUCAGGAAUAUGGAGUCAUGGACAAACAGCAUUAAAACAAACAAUCAUAUUUAGUAGGAAAGCUGUAAAAUGGUCACAAGAAAAUGGACAUGUUUAUUAUGGACAUGCAAAAGACUUUUUAUUACCAUAUGUGGAGCUGAUGCAUAAUCUUUUUAUUGUUGCAAAGAAUGCUUAUUUUGAACUUUUGGAAAUUAUCAUGUUAAGAGUUCCAGUUGUUGUUGCUAUUAUUGAAUCAUAUGCACCAGGACUAGUUGAUAAAGUAGUCGAAGUGUCGCAUUAUAUUGGUAACUUAAUUGUAGAAUAUUUUGGAAUUGUUCGAGAGUAUCUUGUUACAAAAGUAUUUGUAGGCCAACUUUCACCUGAUAAUCUACAAAAAGCAACAUUAGAAGCAUUGAAUACAACUCAACAGUAUGCAACCCGUUAUUAUGAUUGGUUCUAUGAAAUGAUCAGUAAUGUUGAUUGAACAUUGAACAUAAAUCAAUAAAAUAAAAGACAAUAUAUAAAAUAUUAAAGUUUAAAUUGUGUUACUACGUUACAACGGAUGAUGGAUGUGUGAUUGAUGUAUUGAAGAGACCUGCUGCCGAACCUGCUGGUUUUUUUAUCAACUUUAUUGUGAAAUGAAAAAAUAAAUGAGUUUGUUUUUAGUUGUGAUAG